AUGGCUAUAUGGGCUGAAGUUGAUCUUGACGACUACGAGCACACGACCACCGGCACCAUGCGCUUCCUUCUCGUGACCUUGCUGGCGGCGCUGGCGCUGGCGCUGCUGGCCGACGCUCAUCCGGGCUACAAGGGCUAUGGGGGCUACGGCGGGCGGGGCGGAGGCCGCUCCAGGGCUGUCAUCAUCGUCCCGGUGCACUACCCCGUGUACCACCACACACACUCUUACCACAACUACGGAGGCUACGGGGGAGGACACGGGGGCUACGGAGGAGGACAUGGAGGCUACGGAGGAGGACAUGGAGGCUACGGAGGAGGAUAUGGGGGCUAUGGAG